UUAUCAGAGACUUUGUUGUAUAAAGAAAACCUUCAAAUGUAGCAAACCCUAAUCAUAUCACUCUAUUCACUUUCACUGUAGUGUAGACUGUAGUGUGUGGAUCUCGACUGUGCUUGCGGAAGAAACGUCCAAUCAGCUUACUUAAAAAACGAACGUUGAUUCCGUUAAGCAAUGGCACUGGUAUUGCAUGUGGGAAAAAACAACAAGAAUGCUUUCAAGACACUAAUUACUGCUGAAUAUGCUGGUGUUGAAGUUAAAUGGGCUGAUAAUUUUGAGAUGGGCGUCUCAAAUAAAGCUCCUGAGUUUCUUAAAAUGAACCCUAUUGGAAAGGUUCCUGUGCUGGAGACUCCUGAUGGUCCUGUAUUCGAGAGUAAUGCCAUUGCUCGCUAUGUUGCCCGCCUGAAGACUGACACUUCUCUCUUUGGAUCUUCACCAAUAGAAUAUGGCCAAGUUGAGCAGUGGAUUGAUUUUUCUUCAUUUGAGAUCGAUUCGAAAUUGAUGGGAUGGCUGUAUCCGAGAUUUGGUUAUGCUAACUAUGUUGCUCCGGUUGAGGAGGCUUUUAUUGAUGGUUUGAAGAGAGCUCUUGGUGCUCUGAACACAUAUCUUGCCUCGCAUACUUUCUUGGUUGGUCAUGGCGUGACUCUAGCUGACAUCAUAAUGACUUGUAAUUUAUACCUAGGCUUCAAAAUCAUGAUGACUAAAAGCUUUACAUCUGAGUUUCCUCAUGUUGAGAGGUAUUUUUGGACCAUGAUCAAUCAACCAAACGUUAGCAAAAUAAUCGGUGAGGUGGAGCAGACAAAAGCUGUCCCUCCUAUUGUUUCUUCAAAAAAGCCAGCUCAAACAAAAGAGGUUAAACCAAAGGUUGAGUCCAAAAAGGUAGAAAAGAAAGAAGCUCCUAAGCCCAAGAUUGAAGAUGUUCAGGAGGAAGAAGAGGCACCAAAGCCUAAGCCAAAGAACCCUCUUGAUCUACUGCCCCCAAGUAAGAUGAUCUUGGAUGACUGGAAGAGGCUUUACUCCAACACCAAAACCAACUUCCGUGAGGUUGCAAUUAAAGGUUUCUGGGACAUGUUUGAUCCAGAGGGCUACUCCCUUUGGUUUUGUAAUUACAAAUACAACGAUGAAAACAUGGUCUCAUUUGUGACCAUGAACAAGGUGGGUGGUUUCCUCCAACGAAUGGAUCUAGCCAGGAAGUACGCAUUUGGAAAGAUGCUGAUUAUUGGAUCAGAGCCCCCAUUCAAGGUGAAGGGUUUGUGGCUUUUCCGUGGCCCAUUGAUCCCCAAGUUUGUCAUGGACGAGUGCUAUGAUAUGGAGCUCUACGAGUGGACAAAGGUGGAUAUCUCGGAUGAAGCACAGAAGGAGCGCGUGAAUCAGAUGAUCGAAGAUUACGAGCCUUUUGAAGGAGAGCCUCUUUUGGAUGCCAAGUGCUUCAAGUGAGAAAAAUGUUAUCCUGUUCUUUAGGAUAUAACGAUUGUACGAUUCAUUCACGAUUACCACUCGCGAUCAAGUAUUACCUUUUUUCAAAAGGUAUUGUUGUUUAAAAUGUGAUAGUAUGGUUUUGAUCCCACUGUAAUAUCCGAGACACACUGGUUGUGAUUCUUUUGUUAAUCUGGAGUUGGGUUUUUGUUA